AUGCUUUUGCUGCACGAUCAAGCCUCUGCUAACACUGAGUCCUGUUGCCGGAAGCGUGGUGUAUCGGAGGUUUGCUCGCGGGCGCUCUGCAGACUUACAUCGCCUCCUGGCGACAAGGAGAUAUACACAGUUUUUGAACCUCCUACUAGAUGCGACCAUUUUCUGCCGCAAAUCGCGGAGUGUAUCGUCGACGGACGCGACUCCACCGCGUGUUGCCAAACAAAUGCUGUUCAGGACGACGAGAGCUCAUGUCUCGAUCUUUGUCGAGGUUCGCCAAACGGCGUGAAUCACUGGAUUCGCUACCAAUCAUGCUUGUCCCUCAAUCUCGCAUCCAUGUACACCUGCAUCCUUAGCAGUCAUUCCAGCACGCCAACACCUCCGCAACUCAUGAAAAUCAUACCAAAAACAAGCACAUCGGUGGAGCUUCACUGGAGUGCUCCAGCCAAGCAUCCGGAGCUUGUGCAUAUUUACAAAGUGCAUCUAGCAGAGAUAUCGGGACCGAGGCAAAAGUCAUAUAAUGAUGAAGAGGUUAUACACUCUACAAAGCAGCAUUCAAUCUCUUUGACGAACCUCAGGCCGGACCGAUCAUAUUCAGUUUAUGUUGUGGCGCAUGCCUCGGAUCUGUCCAGAAAAUCGACACCAUCUGAUGUGUUGCGUUUUUCAACGUCACUCAGCGAAAAUGACGGAGUCAGCUAUACAUCUACACUAUAUUUGCCACGAGAGGCGAAAAAAGCUACUCUGGCAUGCCAUUUGCGGAUGGGAAUUGGCGCGAAGAUGCACAUGGUAUGGGAGAAGAAACAGUUAUCCACUUAUCGCAGAGUGGACGGACCUCGCUUCAACAUAACAACUUAUACUUCUGAAGAUAGGCCGCUAAUUCUGGUCUCUUCGCUUGAUAUUCGUGAACUGGACAGCUCUGAUUUCGGCACGUACAGAUGUCACGUUAGCGGGAACCGCAACGACUUUGGAGAGGUUCAUCUUGUUGCUCAUUCUCAUGCGAUUGGAGACCCGCCGCUGAAUCCGCCAGAGACGCUUCUGGAGUGUUGCUCGAGAGCUGUCUAUAGAGCACACUGUCAUUCCGUGUGCCAUGCAGGAAGCACCAGGACGCGUGGCCUCAGACCUGGAGAAUUCCUUCCUCGCAAUCGCUGUCUGGACGAAUUUCAAAGUCUUCUCCGCUGCACUCUAAGUGAAAUGAACAGUGCUGGCUGCUGCAUCAGGAAAAAUAUACCAUAUCACUGCCUAGGCAUGUGCGAUAGCAAUUUUGAGCUGACAACGCUGAGUGGAUACAAGUGCCUGGAAUAUCAAAACGAGGUUUACCAUGUUUAUCAUCGAAAACGAAGAGGUCCAUGGAAAUCAAUGUCAGUUGCAAAAACAGCAGCACGGGUAAAGAAUGCAGACGAGAUUAUUGUUCUUGCUGUGAACGCUUACGGGUCUGGCUCUGCUAAUCGAAUCGCAUUCGAGGAUAACGAGUGGAUCGGGAACUAUGACUGA